CAGGAGUCACUAUCCGAGGUACCCCAAAGAGGGACAUCAAAAGCAUUGAAGACUACGCAACUAAACUUCGCUCAAGAUGCGGAAAGGGGUGGUGACCGGCCUGUUCAUGGCGCUGGUGGUGAUGUGUCUGUACUUGCCCCAGCCCUGCGAGGCUCAGUAUGAAGCUCUGACGGCUGCUAUUUUGACAAAGCUGUCAAAAAUGUGGCACAGUGACACUCUGAAUUUCUUGGGCCACACCUGCCACGUCAGCCGUACUCCGACGGUCAAGCGCUUUAAGCUGUACUGGAAGGGCAAGUUUUGGUGUCCUGGCUGGGCGCCUUUCAGUGGCACUUCGAGGACCAAGAGCAGGUCAGGGUCAGCCAGAGAGGCCACCAAGAGUUUUGUGGGCCAAGCUUUACAGCGCAGACUUAUCACGCAGCAAGAAGCGGACCUCUGGCUGAAGGGGUAAUGGGUGCUCACGCCGAUGCAUGGGGAGGAGGCCGAGUGGGAGGAGAGUGAAGAUAAAGAAGAAAUGACUUGUGUCUGAUCUAAAACGAGUUUUUAAAAUUUUUUCAUUUCCAGUUAUACAACCACAACAACAACUGCUAGUACUGCAUUAUUACUGAUUGUAAGAAGUAUUUUGAACUAAAAGUAAUUUCAGAUAAUGGCUGUUAAUAUUAAGGAAAUACAUGUAAUUGUAUUGGAAAGUAUCCUAACUGAAGCAUUUUCUAUUUUCCUAUCCUUUUCUUUCCUCUCUUUCAUGUCUGCCUAUAACAUUCCGGAUUAAUGAACGAAAAAAUGAUAGAAAGAAAAGUAAAAUACAACUGAAUAAAUGUCAAAGGAAGCAAUCUUGAAAUUUAGUUCAAACGUAAAAAAACGAAAAAUCUUAUUUUCAUUAUUUAGAAUAAACCAAAUAUACAAGACUCAUGCUUGCGUUAUUAUGAAAGUCUGAAGAAAAACCCGAGAUGAAAAUGAAUGCACGAGUCUUAAUUGUGCAUGAAAUGUUGGAAGGAAUGGAUUGAACGCUGAUUGAGAUCUGAAAUAUUCAUAUGACUUUCAGUUGUGAAAAAAAAAAAUCAUUGUGAACAAUUAAAAAAGUUUCUCAUAAAAGACA